AUGAUUUGUGCUUCGGCACGCUGGAAAUUACCGACUCAGGCUUCGGCCGAUGCCGAUAUACAAUGGCUGUUUCUGAUAACGACCCAACUUGUUGUCUCAUUCGCUUCCCAACCUGCCUCGGUACGCCGUCCUCUUCCUCAAACUCAAGCACGUACAUUUUGUGAUGAUUCCGCACUGGGCACCGACAAUUCUUGA